UCUGCGGCCAGCUCGCCUUGACAGCCAAGCACUGGCGCAGAGUCUCAGCACAAACCUUUACCUUAUUUUUUUUUCUGGCAUAUAACGAUUAUUCAUACCCGCACUUUUCACACAUCCUCUUCCGGAGACCAGCGUUGGAGCGGCCUCGUCUAGAAUGGGGAACCGAGACGAUGAAUACGAUUUCUUGUUCAAAGUCGUGUUAAUUGGGGACUCGGGCGUAGGGAAGAGCAACCUGCUCUCUCGAUUCACACGAAAUGAGUUCAACCUCGAGAGCAAGAGCACCAUCGGGGUGGAGUUCGCCACACGCAGCAUUCAGGUGGACGGCAAGACGAUAAAGGCUCAGAUCUGGGAUACAGCGGGACAGGAGCGCUACAGAGCCAUCACCUCUGCGUACUACAGAGGAGCGGUGGGGGCACUCUUAGUGUAUGACAUAGCCAAACACCUGACCUACGAGAAUGUGGAGCGCUGGCUGAAGGAGCUGAGGGACCACGCCGACAACAACAUCGUCAUCAUGCUGGUCGGCAACAAGAGUGACCUGCGCCACCUCAGGGCUGUGCCCACGGAUGAGGCCCGGGCCUUCGCAGAAAAGAACAAUCUGUCAUUCAUAGAAACUUCAGCCUUGGACUCAACGAACGUUGAAGAAGCCUUCAAAAAUAUUCUUACAGAAAUCUAUCGCAUCGUCUCGCAGAAACAGAUCGCUGAGCGGUCUGCCCAUGACGAGUCCCCAGGAAACAAUGUGGUGGACAUCAGCGUGCCACCAACCACGGACGGCCAGAGGGGGACCAAACUGCAGUGCUGUCAGAACCUGUAACCCAUGGCAACCGUCCCUCCUCACCUGGGUCGAUUAUUAAUUGAAAUCCACAGUGUUGGUAUGCUUCCAUCUGCCCGGUUUUACAAUAUUGUCUGAAUCUGCACUUUUUAGAUCAAUGGAGUCAGCUGUUACGCCACACAUGAUCAAUCCCAGAAAGAAGUGUUUGAAUUGAUUUCAAAUUCUAAUCUGACCCAGGUACAGCCUGCUACAUUCUGGCGCAGAAACAGGACUGAUGGUACCUUGUGAGUCGCUACCACAGUUACCCAUGAUAGUGUAGCAGAAUAGCCUUGCCUGAGACCUUGUAAGCCUAGACAUCUCCCUGGUAGACGGUCAUUGCCACAUGCUGGAGGCCUGGGUUUGAAUCCUGGCUGUUCAGUCGUACCAGCAGUCCUGUUUUUGGCCUCCCCUCCUCCUCCUUCAGUCAUCAUCUCAAAAGUGGUUGUGACGCUACUGAUGCUUAUUUCAUUUUGUGUAAAAUAUAUUCUUUUGUUUGUUUUGAUUUUUGAUAGCUUGUCUGCUCACAUACAUUAUAUUAAUGCCAUGAAAUUAAAUUUUACAAUAUUAUGUUUCUGUGGUCUUUUUCGUUUUAGCAGCAUAUACAUGAGAUGACAUUCUACUCCUACACAGUGACAACCAUUUAAAGCCUAAAGAUACAUUUUUAUGUAUUACAUUAUUAGAAUGGCAUUUUACUAUUGUGGCAGAUCAAGGGGGAGCUAGUUUUAUCUACUUUAAAUACAAUUAGGUAGUUUAGUCUGGUGGUUCCCAACCUCAGGGUCUGGCCUCUUCCAAAGGGUCACAAAAUUGAUCUGUGGCACCAUAAGAUGAUUAUUGGGUUAGGAAAGAAAAAACCGAAAAUUCUACUAUGCAAAUCAGAUACCUAAAUCUGACGAGGGGCUACAACUACAUUCCGCAUUUUUUCUAAGGGGUAACAAGCCCGUACGGUUUGGAUCCACCAGUUUAAUCUUUAACAGUACAUCUUAUUUUAUAAUACCUUAUCUAAUAUUAUGUAAAAUGUUAUGUAUGAAUGUUUUAAUAUAAAGUAACCAGUAAAUAUAGCUGUAAGCUAAAUGUACCGGAGUAAACAGUACAAUAUUUGAAUCUGAAAUGUAGUAGAGUAGAAGUGAAAAGUUGCAUAAA